UCGUUUUCAAUCCGAAAAUUCUAAGCUUUGACAACUUCAUCCUCAACAACAAACACCGUUGUUGAAGAAAUAAUCAUUUGUCAACAUGGAUUCUCGAUCGCCUUCGCGAGAGCGUUACGUAUCGCGCUCUCCCACUCCUAAAUCGCGUUAUUCGCCGUCACCUUCACCAGCUCGGCGACGUCGAUCUCCUUCCCCUACGCCUCGUCGCAAUGGUAGACUUCGUAGUGAAAGCAGAGGCCCGAGUCGCGACCUUGAUGACCGUGACGAUCGUGGUAGAAGCGAGAGCCCUCUUAAAGGCAGUACCAAGAUUGUCGUUGAGAAGUUAACCAAAACCAUCAAUGAGGAUCACUUGCACGAGAUAUUUGGCCAGUAUGGCCCUAUCAAGGACCUGGAACUGCCCAAGAGCCGACCUCACAAUACAAACCGUAGUACGGCUUAUAUUCUUUACGACCAUGAGGCAGAUGCAGAGGCGGCCAUUGCUCACAUGCACGAAGCCUCUGUUGACGGCGCCAUCAUCAACGUAUCCAUUGUCCUACCCCGACGCAAGUUAUCCCUUCCUCCACCAACUGCAAGCCGAGGUGCAAAUAUCGACCCUCGCCUUCCCGCUCCUGGUUCCAGAGGUGGUGGUAGAGCUGGUGGACCCGGUUCCUCUGGCGGAAGAGGCGGUAGCUUUGGCGGGGGAAGACCACCUCGAUCAUCCCCGCGCCACGGACGGGCAGGUCGCGACAGCUUCGAUACCUACCGGCCACGCUCCUAUUCAAGAUCUCCUCACCGCCGUAACCGCAGUCCUACUGGAUCAUACGGCUCCAGAUCCCGAUCUCCCCCUAGACGACGAGGUGGAAGGAAAGAUAAUUACGACGAUUACGAUGACCGACGACGUAGUCCUAGCUACGAUAGCGUGCGAGGCCGCAGUCGUUCCCGUAGUCGGGGCAGAGGAUAUCGUUAAGCAGGGAGGAUUAGGGAUUAGGGCGAUUGCAUUUAGAUGGGCGUCUGGUAGGUUAUUCGGUUUAAGGCCAAAGACGAUAAGUGUCUUACGUAUUAUUGACAUCAACUAUUCUCUGGCCAUUGACUACUACCUACUCAGUACUAGAUAGUAGGUAUGGAUCUUGGUGUCCGUAUGUUCACCCGUCUUUUUUUUCCUUUUUUUUUUUUCUGGCUGUCUCGGAUCAGCUGCUCAUGGUCCUCUAGGGCAACGGAAUACCGAUCAUAAUGGUUUGUGGGCAUGCGUGCCACAUCUGACGACAGCCUCCACUCCGUAUCAUAAAAGGACGGGCCAUAUUGUCGCCCAUCUGCUAUACGUGCGUUUUAGAG